AUGGGCCGUGUUCGCACCAAAACUGUCAAGAAAGCAUCUCGUGUUAUUAUUGAAAAAUAUUAUACACGCUUGACUUAUGAUUUUCAUGUGAACAAACGAAUUUGUGAGGAAAUUGCGGUUAUUCCUAGCAAACGGAUGCGUAAUCAAAUUGCUGGGUAUUUCUUUUUUUAUUUUUUAAGGGGUUAUUUUGGGAGGAGGGGGGGGGGGAAGGGUGUAUUCUGGGCCCGUAGAAUAAAUUCGGGGUAA